GCUCUGCGGCCCCCUACCUCCCAGCCUGAUCGACCGAAGGGGAUUUGUGCAGUCCGACACCGUGUUGCCCUCGCCCAUCAGAAGCGAUGAGCCAGCCUGUGGAGCCAAGCCCGACGCCAGCAUGAGCCAUGGAGAGAGCCAGUCUGAUCCAGAAGGCCAAGCUGGCAGAGCAGGCCGAACGCUAUGAGGACAUGGCAGCCUUCAUGAAGAGUGCCGUGGAAAAGGGUGAGGAGCUAUCCUGCGAAGAGCGAAACCUGCUCUCGGUGGCCUACAAGAACGUGGUGGGGGGCCAGAGGGCUGCCUGGAGGGUCCUGUCCAGUAUUGAGCAGAAAGGCAACGAAGAGAGCUCGGAAGAGAAGGGCCCCGAGGUGCGAGAGUACCGGGAGAAGGUGGAGACUGAGCUCCGGGGCGUGUGUGACACGGUGCUGGGCCUGCUGGACACCCACCUCAUCAGGGAGGCCGGUGAUGCCGAAAGUCGGGUCUUCUACCUGAAAAUGAAGGGCGACUACUACCGCUACCUGGCUGAGGUGGCCACUGGGGACGACAAGAAGCGCAUCAUUGACUCAGCCCGGUCGGCCUACCAGGAGGCCAUGGACAUCAGCAAGAAGGAGAUGCCACCCACCAACCCCAUCCGCCUGGGGCUGGCCCUGAACUUUUCUGUCUUCCACUACGAGAUCGCCAACAGCCCCGAGGAGGCCAUCUCACUGGCCAAGACCACCUUCGACGAGGCCAUGGCUGACCUGCACACCCUCAGCGAGGACUCCUACAAAGACAGCACCCUCAUCAUGCAGCUGCUGCGGGACAAGCGGAAGCCCGCUGAAGCCAGGGGGCCGCUCUUCCUGCCGCUGUCGGUGCUCCUCACCAGGGGCCAGCCCACCCGCCCCUGCUCGCCGCACCCCUCCGAACCCCACCGCCGACCGGGCCACCUCUCCCCCUCCUGCCUCCCUCCCGCCCCCGUUGCCUCUGAAUCUUAGGAAUUGAGGAGUGUCCCACCCUUGCGGCUGAGAGCUGGACUGUGUGGCCGAGUCUGGAGACGAGUGUGUGAGAGACCGAGAGAGAGUGCGAGCGAGUGAGAGCGCGUAGGACCCAGGAUGACAGGGAAAGCGUGUCUGCUGGGUGUGACCCUGCUUCCUCUCAAUAAAGUUCCCCUGUGACACUC